GCGUAGGCGCGCGUCGUCCCGGCUGUGCUUGCUCGGCGGCGGCACUACCUCGCCGACCUUUUGGCUGGAGGGACGCCGGCGCGUCACUCACAAGCUCACUGAGUCGCGCGCUCGUGUUAACUUUGUUGACAACCGUCGACUCGGACACAAGUGUCGGCUCACACUCCGGGCAGUGCUCACAGUGCAGCAGUGCAGUGGCAGCAGGAUGUCGGGCGCCGCAGUGCUCAGCGAGGAGUGGAGCUCGGGCUGGGGGCGCUGGCAGGCGCGGCUGGCGCUGCUGCUGGCGCUGCCGGUGCUGCUGACGGGCGCGUACGGCACCAACUACGUGUUCCUCGCUGCGCCCACGCCGCACAGGUGCCAUGUGCCGGAGUGCGAGGGCAACUCGUCCAUGGGGGUGGCGAGCGCGGAGCAGUGGGCGGGCGCGGACUGGGCGCAGUGGGCGCUGCCGGCCGAGGCGCGCUGCGAGCGCUGGCAGCCCAGCCAGCACGCAUGCGCGCCGCACGUCUUCGACAACACCAGCGCCAUCGCCUGCGACUCCUACGUCUACCAGCACGGCAGCAGCAUCGUCUCCGAGUUCGACCUCGGCUGCCAGGAGUGGAAGCGCUCCCUGGUGGGCACCGUGCACAACAUCGGCAUGCUCAUAUCGCUGCCCAUCAUGGGCUUCGUCUCCGACAGAUGGGGCCGGCGCUCGGCGCUGGUGGUGAGCGGCUGCGGCGCGGGGCUGCUGGGCCUGGCCAAGUCCUUCGCCACUUCGUACUACACCUACCUACUGGGCGAGCUGCUGGAGACGGUGCUGGGCGCCAGUGUCUACCCCUGCGCUUUCGUGCUCAUGAUAGAGUGGCUGGGCGUGGAGCACCGCAUCCUGGCCAGCCUGGUGCUGGGCGUGCCGCUGUCGCUGGGCGCGGCGUCGCUGGCGCUGGUGGACUACCUGGCGGGCUACUGGCGCACGUGGGCGCGGCUGGCCUACCCGCCCUCGCUGCUGCUGCUGCUGUACCCGUGGCUGCUGCCCGAGAGCGUGCGCUGGCUGGUGUCGCGCGGCCGCAUGCACGACGCCGCGCACGUCAUCAAGCGCGCCGCCGAGUACAACGGGGCGCGCGUGCCCGCCGAGGCCCUGGAGAAAAUGCUGCUGGAGCGGGAGCAGAUCGGUGGCAGCGCAGAGACCAACAUCGAUGAAGGCUUGUUCACAGCACUGCUCAAGUACGGCGUGCUGCGGCGGCGGCUGUGCGUGUGCUGCGUGUGGUGGAUGUCGGCGGUGUUCGUGUUCUACGGGCUGGCGGUGUCGGCGCACGGGCUGCGCGGCGCGGGCGGCGUGCACGCCACGUACGCGCUGGUGGCGGCGGCCGAGCUGCCGGCGCUGGCGCUCAACACGCUGCUGCUGGACCGCGCCGGCCGCCGCCCGCUGCUCACCGCCGCGCUGCUGCUCACCGCCGCCGCGCUCAUCGCCAUCCCCUGUCUGCCGGAAGGGACCGGCGGCUGGGGCACGGCGCUGUACCUGCUGGGCAAGAUGGGCGCCACGAUGACGCUGAACGCGCUGUACGUGUACACGGCGGAGCUGUUCCCCACGCGCGCGCGCCAGCGCCUGCUGGCCGCCUGCUCCACCUUCGGCCGCGUCGGCGCCAUCCUCGCGCCGCUCACCCCGCUGCUGGCGGUGUACAAGUGGUGGCUGCCCACGCUGCUGUUCGGCGCGCUGCCGCUGGUGUCCGCGGCGCUGACGCGGCUGGUGCCGGACACGCUGCACCGCCGCCUGCCGGACUCCUUCGCGGACCUGGACACGUGCUCGCGGGACGAGUCCUCGGCGCGCGAGACUCCGGUGGACGACUCCGUGUGACCCGGCGCCGCGCGCGGUGCCUGUGUUCUCUCUAGACAUUAUAGUUGAGAUGUACCUUCGACUAGCUCUCUGCUGCUGUAGACCGUCGUACUGCACGUGUCCACUCGACCUCGUUGUAGAGGUUAUGUCCGUAGUCUCACUACACCCGUACUGUUGGAACGUGCGUCCAUUCUGAUGUAAUUCCUAGAUAAUAAGUAAGAUAAAUUACAUUCUAGGGUAGUCGUACCUAUUAUAUUUAUAUUUUAAAUUUGUUUUUGUUAUUUCAAAAUAAUAAUAUAAUGAUUAUGUUUAUUAGAGUUUACGUUGAAUAUUGUACGUGACAUAACAUCGUCUACAAAUUGUGUUUCAAAAACAUAAAUAUGUAGAAAUUAUAAUGUAGCAUGUAUGUGUACAGAGUACAGCGAGGUACUACUACUUAGUACCUGUGCCUACGUAUAAAGACAAAUGAAUAAGUAGUGUCUGCCACACCGCACGGGAGGCUGCCUGAGUAUUAGAUACUAUAGUACCUACAUAUUAACAUAAGUAUUGAAAAGACAGAAUAAUGAUAAUUGUGUGUAUAUACAUAGAUAUAUGUUUGUCACCGGGCAUGGUCUGUGUUACAUAGUACACAAAAGCUGUGAAACGGCUGAAAGAAAGAAUUUUGGCAAUGAAGGCAACCGACAGUGAAACUGUGGUUGUGUACAAUGUCUACUUAUUUGUUUUGUAAAAACAUUAAGUUAAUGCUUAACCGUAAUUAUAGAUACUAAGGAAAUAUAGUUGUUCGUAGAA